UUCCCAACCCAAACCCAAACCCGAACCCCAACCCAUUUCUGUGGCUUGUUCUAGCUUGCGUCUCCUGGCCAUCCCGUGUCAACAGGCAAUUAUCAUAAAAGCCUGGGGUGGGGCAUGGGCACCGGAGUCUUGCUACAGCUCUGGGAUCCUAGUGGUACAACUAGGGUACUCCAAAAGGGGCCCGUUCGCCCGGUCAGACUGUGGAGAUUGUAGCACUGGUCUACUUAAUAAUGCUGUUGUAUUCGCAAUGUAUCCUAGGCGGCGAGUACUAUCUGUCCGUGAUUUUCUCCGUCUACUCUCUGCCAGUCAUCACUGUUCAGUCUGUGGUCUUUGUCCUGUGUCGUUUGUGCUGCUUUACCGUAGGGCUCGAUCCAAUUGCGAUGACGUUUAAUCUGGCCAGCGGCAUGGUGUGCAUCGGCAGCAGCCUGACCAUGCUCGUGGCCAUGAUUUUUCACUGUGGCAACGAGUACCAGUACAUGUUCUUUUUGGCCGGAGGAUUCGGCCUUCUGGCCGGGAUUCUGCAUUUGGUGAAUGCCUUGAUCUGCAACAAAUACAUGCCCCGCAAGGAAUGGACCUACACGAAACCCUCGAAACAAGGCAGAAAAAGGAUGGAAGAAUCAAUUUUGUAUUUGGUACCGUGAUGACUGUAAAAUGCUAUGGGGAAUAAGUGGAAAAAUUGUGAAAAAGUAUACAUGCAGAUUGAG